AAAAUAGUUUGCAAACGUUCAAGCGAAAAACGUCUUGCUGAACGUAGUCCGAUAUUUGUAGGCUAAAUUACGCUGUUACGGUUACCUCCCCGUUAUAGAAAUGGCUCUAUUCCGAUCGUCUCAGUUUCUUAAACAUGUUAUUCGCUCCUCCAAAACAGCAUGCUCAAGACCAUUCAGUGUGAAAUCUGUGGCAGCAACCAAGGCUAUACGACCACUAGUGCUGGGCUGUGCAGCAGUAGCAGGGCUAGGGUAUGGGGCUUACAAGUUGCGCCACAAGGAGCUCCUGUCAGCGGUCAUCAAGGGUUUGCAACCAGAGCCAGUGUACGCUGCAAGCACUCCUGAAAGCCAGCCUUCGGUGUUUUCUCCAACAAAGGACCAUGCACUGUAUCUGUGGAUUCACCUAAAGCCAUCGGCCAAUGUCCGUGAAGUUGCACGUGUUGCAGCGAAACUGCAGAAGUUUGUUGACGAAGUGGUGGACCCCAAGAUGAAGGAUGAGGAUGAUGAAAUAUUGGCUGGAGUCGGAUUCGGACCAAACUUUUAUAACCAGGUUUCUUGUAAGAGCAAGGAAAACUUCACAUAUCCCCACCGUAAAGGAGUUCAUGGAGACAUGCCAAGUUCAGGAGGUGAUGUUUUUAUCCACGCCAAGAGUAACGAGAUGAGCAAACUGUUUGAGUUGGCCCAGGUCUUCCUGAAGAACCUGCCGUCUGACAGCAUCGAGGAGUAUGAGGACAUCUACAGCUUCGUCUACAGGAACGGGCGGGAUCUGUCGGGAUUCAUCGAUGGUACUGAGAAUGCUGCAGAUGAAGACAGCCGGAAGGAGAUUGCUGUUGAAAAAGAUACUGGAGGAAGUUAUGUGAUUACUCAAAAAUGGCUUCAUAAACUUGACUAUAUUGACUCAGAAAAGGACAAGACACUGGAAGGAAUUAUCGGACGAACAAAGAGUGACAGCACAGAACUCAAACGCAAGAGUAUCACAUCACAUGUUUCCCGUAUGACAUCAGGAAACAAUUUCAAUGCUGAAACACCUUUUGAAAUUGUUCGUCAGUCUAUGCCAUUUGGCACUUUGGCUGGUGAACACGGCCUGUUCUUUAUCGGAUAUGCUGAGUCACCUGAAAACUUUGAGUACAUGUUGAAGAGAAUGGUGGGGGCUGGUGGAGACGGACACAGCGAUGACAUCAUGAAGUUGUCAGAGAACAGCAAGGGAACGUACUGGUACUUCCCCAGUGUCGACGAGCUCAAGAAGAUGCAGUAGAGCAAAAGCCUACACAGACUGAUCUAUGUUAAUGUCUUGUUUUAUCCGUUCAUGCGACUUCUGAUGCUAUGUUAGUGGCUUGUUUAACUGUUCAUGUAACUCAUAGUGCUAUGUUACUGUUGUUGAACUGUUCAUGACACUAUAUUAAUGUUAACUGUUACUGCAACAUUGUUAACGACUUGUUUAACAGCUACUGUCACUGGUGAUGCAGUUACAAAUUUGUGCUGUUCAUUGAAUCGCAUAACAGGUAGUUAUUAAGGACAAACAUUUUAUAACCAGUUUCAUCUUAGAUUGAUGUAAACAAUGUAAUUACUAUAUUGGUAAUUAAAGGAAACAUUUUGAUAUUCAAA